AUGUCCGAGGAGUACGACCACGAGUGGGAGCUGAGCAAGGAGAACGUGCAGCCCCUGAGGCAGGGCCGGCUGAUGUCCAGCUUGCAGGAGGCACUGGCUCACCAGAACUCCUCCAGCCACACUGCUGUGCAGCUCAAAAAACAGGAGUUUGAAUCAGAAAUCCGAUUUUACUCCGGAGAUGAUCCUCUGGAUGUGUGGGACCGAUACAUCAAGUGGACGGAGCAAACCUUCCCCCAGGGCGGGAAGGAUGGCAACCUGGCCGCGAUCCUGGAGAGGGCAGUGAAAGCCCUCUAUGAGCAGCAGCGGUACUACAAAGAUCCUCGCUACCUUCGGCUCUGGCUCAAGUUUGGAAACUACUGUACCGAGCCCUUGGAUCUGUACAGCUACCUGCGCAGCCAGGAGAUCGGCACCUCGCUGGCACUGCUCUACAUCACCUGGGCAGAAGUACUGGAGGACAGAGGGAGCUUUAAAAAAGCAGAUCUGAUAUUCCAAGAAGGGCUUCAGUGCAAGGCCGAGCCUUUGGACAAGCUCCAGUCCCACCACAGGCAGUUUCAGGCCCGUGUGUCUCGGCAGGCACUGCUGGCACUUGAGCAAAGUCCAGAUGGAAAUGAUACAGGUCUGCUGGAAGUUGCAGAGCCUCAGAGAAGCUCAUUGGCAGAUCUCAAAGGCAGAGGGAAGAAAACAGUGAGAGCCCCAAUUUGUCGUGUGGGAGAUGCUCUUAAAGCCACGAACCCAACCAGAAGGCUCCAGCCCCAAACUUCUCAGCAGCUAUCAAAUACUGCUGGGUUUGUUGUGUUCGAUGAAAAUUCAGCGUCUGGGCCCGCGAUUCCCAUGCCUUCAUCACAGUCCUGGGCAGCACCUCCAGCUCCCAGGGCCAAGGAGAAUGAACUCAGUGCGGGACCUUGGAACUCUGGCAGGCGUCCUCGCAGCACUGCAAGUUCUGGGACAGGAGCUCCCCACCCACUGCCCAGCUUCACCCCCUACGUGGACGAGUCAGCUCAGCCACAGAUGAUGACUCCCUGCAAGAUUGAUCCCAGCAUAAACUACGUGCUAAGUGCUCGCAAACCCGAGAGAGAGGAGGAUCCACUCCGGCGAGUGCAGCAGCAGCGGCAGCAGGACCCUCAGGACAGGAAAGAGAUGGUCAUGUACUGCAAAGAUAAGAUUUAUGCUGGAGUUGACGAAUUCUCUUUUGAAGAGCUCCGAGCUGAAAUCUACAGGAAGAAAACAAAGAAGAAAGCUGAAGAGGAGAUGCAAGCCCUAGCAGAGAAGAAAGAAGAAAUACAAAGGAAAAUUGAGGAGCUGGAGAAGAAGUUAAAGAAGAAAGAAGAUGAUAAGCAGCAACAACCACACGAACAAGCACCAGAGGUAACAGAAGUUUCAGCAUCUAUGGGACUGCAAGGAUUAACCUUAUUCAGUGCAAGAGAAGCUGGGGAGAAACCACCUCCACUGCAAAGUGAAUUCCAGGUCUGUGAAGAUACUCAGCUACAUAAACUGUCUUGUUCUGGGGACACCCAGAGUGGAAAUGUGUUUGUGUACUCCGAGGAGGAGCAGGGGCAUGAGGCCAACCUUGAGAACAAAGCUGUAGCUCUGCUCCCCCCACUGGCUCCGGCUCCAUUUUUCUCUAUAUUCGAUGAAUCCUCUACUUUGACAAAUCAGAAUAUAAGUGGCUCUGCAGCUCGUUCCCAGAAGAGCACUCGUCGCCCUCUUGCUGUGCGAAAACCUUUGGAUUCUCUAACUGCAAAGGAGAACGUAUCACCAGAAGUCUGUGAUGAGCUGAAUGGAGUUGAACCUUUGACUGAGGAUGCAAUUGUGACAGGCUCCUACAAGAACAAAACCCUUUGUGCCAACCCAGAAGACACGUGUGACUUUAACAGGGCUGCCCACCUGGCCUCAACACCCUUCCACGGGGUGGUAGCUCAGAGAGUCCCAACUCCUGCUUUCUCCCAGAGUGACCUGAAGGAAGAUAGUCCAGAAUCCAGGAGUGCACCACUGAAUCAGGAAGCACUGGUGUGUGAGGAAGCAUACACUGAAGCUCUCUGUGUCAAUAAACUGAGCCCAAUCAUGGAAGCAAGCCUGGAAGAUACUCGCUCCUCAGGUUCUUCAGUCUCAGGAGGUUCUCUGUCCUCUGUUACACAAAUAUCUACUAUUAAAUACCCACACAUCCCUGAGAAACUGGAGCUGGCUCAGAGCUUGCCUGCUGAAGUGGCUACUGGUUCUGGAGUGGAUGAUGUGGAUCAGUUCCUGUGGAGUGCUGAACAGCGUAAAAAGCUCUUAGAUCCCAUGCCAGAGUCAUUGGCUGCUUCUCCAGAUUUCCACUUGGAGACUGGAGCUCUGCCUGGCUUGGAGGUUGAGCAAGACGUUGUGCUGGGAAAUGAGACUUACUGCAUCAAAUGGGAAUAUUGGAGCAAUGAAGAAUACAAGAUGUUUUUUGCCAUUUCAGCUAACACUUUGCAGUUGGAUGCAAAGGGAUUUGCAAUUAAGGUGUAUUCUCAGCCUGUGCCUUGGGAUUUUUAUAUCCUGCUUGAGUUACAGAAGCGUUUGAAUAGUGACUUUGACCAGAGCUUCAGUGAGAACUGCAGGUGCUACCUGUACCAGGAUGGCUGUGCCAUCGUCCACAUGGACAUAAGUCGCUUCACACUCAGGGGUGUUAUUCGUGGCCGUAAGUCCCUCACGGAGGAGGUGAUCUUCCUGGUUGUUUAUCAUCUUCUGGGCAUGGUAGAGAAGCUGCACAAAGCUGAGAUUGUCCAUGGAGAUCUGAGGCCAGAGGUGUUCUUUCUGGGAGACAGGAUCUGCGAUGUGUUCGCUAGCGAGGGCAUGACAAGUGCUCUGAAGAUCGUGGAUUUCUCUCACUGUCUGGAUCUGAGGUUGCAGUCUCGAGUGAGCUUGUCCAACAGCUUUCCCAUAUCUCAGACUCCCCAUGGGCAACAGCUUCUGGCAGAAAGUUCUCCUCCUUACCAGGCAGACUUGGUUGGCAUCGCAGAUAUAGUCCAUCUGAUGCUGUUUGGGGAGCAUAUCCAGGUCUAUCAGGAGAAUUCCAUCUGGAAAAUCAGCCAAAACUUACCAAAGACUGUUGACAGUGAUUUCUGGAGAAACCUUUUUGGGAGAAUUCUGAAUGCAGAUGGUAAGUCCACAGUGCCUCUGCUGAGGGAGCUGAGAGAAGAAAUCAGUGCCACAUUUGACAGCUCUUUCAAAGAACGACUUCGUGAGUCCUUAGCUGCACUGGAACUAACUUUCCACUUGUAG